ACAGAACUGCUUCAUCAUGAAUUUUGUAAUGAAAGCUGCGAUGGGAGGAGGCCCUCCUGAUGUCGGCAAGAUGCUGGGUGGGGAGGAGAAGGAGGAGGACCCUGACGCAGCGAAGAAGGAGGAAGAGCGACAGGAGGCGCUGAGGCAGCAGGAGGAGGAGAGGAAGGACAAAUAUGCCAAGAUGGAGGCUGAGAGGGAAAGUAUGAGACAAGGCAUCAGGGAUAAGUAUGGCUUGAAAAAGCGAGAGGAGGCUGAAGCCGAGGCAGCAGCUGCUGCAGAGGAGACUGUAGCUGGCAGCUUGACUCGACCCAAGAAAGCUGUGCCAGCCGGCUGUGGUGACGAAGAGGAAGAGGAAAGCAUCAUGGACACAGUGAUGAAAUACCUGCCAGGUCCGCUGCAAGACAUGCUAAAGAAGUAG